UAAAACAGAGAACAUUUAAUAGGAACAGACUAACCAAUAAAAUAAUAAAAACUCAAAAAUCUCUGCUAAUUCUUGUUUCGCCGGAGCCGGAGAGAGUGAGAGAGAGAGAGGGGUACUAACUAAGCUAACUGUUCGUUUCACCGGCGACGGAGAGAAAAAACGCAGGCGAGGUUGAAGAAGAACUCAACAUCGCAGAUUCUCAGGAAGAAUGAGUCAGAAGCGAUCUUUAGUCUUCGCCAUUCGAGACUUUCCACCAGGCUGUGGAACUCACAUCGAUGUUUCGUCGAGUUUGAAUCAUCCAGCUGAGAAGGCCUUCAAGCAUCCAAGAACUGGUGAUGUCUCUGGCGAGAAUCUGAGUUUUGCUGAGGCUAAACCUGAAGGAACUUGUCUCAAACGAGAAUCAGCUGAUCAAGAUCAUAUCUUUGCAGCUCCUGAACAUAAUGCCAAGCGAGAACCAGCUGGUCAGGAUCAUGUUGUUGCAGCUACUACAGUAGCUUAUGCAACUUCAUCUCACAGACAAAAAGUGGAGAUCGGAAACUCUGAUUGUGAUCCUACUCCUCGUGAGAAAGUGCUCGAGGUAUUGAGUCUUUUCAAACAAGUUUACAACCAGUUGGAUCGAGAUAAAAAAGCAAGACGUGGUGGAGAUUUUUUGGAUGCAACAAGCAGAAUCGACCUCAAAACACUAACUGUGUUGGAGAAGAUGGGAAAACAAGUGAACACGGAGAAGAGAAUCGGAUCGGUUCCUGGAAUCAACAUCGGAGAUGUGUUUCAGUACAAAACCGAACUUCGGGUCGUCGGGCUUCACUCCAAGCCGAUGUGCGGUAUCGACUACAUUAAACUCGGAGAUGAUAGAAUCACGACAAGCAUCGUGGCAUCAGAAGGGUAUGGAUACAAUGAUACAUACAACUCUGGUGUGAUGGUUUAUACGGGUGAAGGAGGUAACGUGAUCAACAAGCAAAAGAAAACUGAAGAUCAGAAAUUGGUAAAAGGGAAUUUGGCAUUGGCUACUAGUAUGAGGCAGAAGAGUCAAGUGAGAGUGAUUCGUGGAGAAGAGAGAUUGGAUCGUAAAGGGAAACGAUAUGUCUACGAUGGUUUGUAUAUGGUUGAAGAAUAUUGGGUUGAGAGAGAUGUUAGAGGUAAGAGUGUGUAUAAGUUCAAGCUUUGUAGAAUUCCUGGUCAACUUCCAUUGACUUGAUAUUAGUAUAAAAUAAAAACUGAUGAUGAUGGUAUAAUAAGAUUUGAGGGAAAAAAAAAUAUUAUUGAAUUGUAGAGCGUUUUUGUUAAAUAAAAAUAGAGGACUAAAGCUUCUUUUUUA